AUAAUCCGGGUACCGGUGAUGUCAGAAGGCGGCGAGUGCGCGUGCGCGAGGACGCUAGUAGGUACUAGUGGGUAUAGUGGAGAGCCGGGCGUCAGUCGGUCGCCGGCCGCGCGUUGAGCCGGGCGCGCGUGUGCUACUAAUGGCGCCCCGUGGCGGCCGGUGAGGCGCCGGCCCCGCCGACCGCCUCGGGUCGACGGGCCAGCCAGGCCAGACGGGCGUUCGUCCCAUCAUGUCCUUGCUCAGCGUCACAGUGAAAAAGGCGCGCUAUGUUUCCAUGCAAGGAGUACAACAGUUCAACACUUACGUGACACUCAAACUGCAGAAUGUCAAGUCGACGACGGUGACAGUUAAGGGUCCGACUCCAUGCUGGGAACAAGACUUCCUAUUUGAAAUCAAUGACAUCAACCUGGGUCUCGUAGUGGAGGUGUGGAACAAAGGCGUUAUCUGGGACAAAGCGCUUGGCUACCACUACCUGCCUCUCAGUUCCGUCGCAUACAACGAGUCGGACGGCGGCGGGCGCUGGGUCGAACUAGAGGCGCAGGUGAUGAUGCGCGGUGGCGCUGUCGUCGGCACAGCCGGCCCCACUGGCAAUGCAUUGCUACUUGACUGCAGGUUCGAGCAGCCCUUUGACGCAGAAGGCACGGGCGGCGCGGACUUGCAGCGCAAGUUGGACCUGCUCAACGGCACUCUGGACGCAGAGAGAGCCGAGCAGGCCCGAAGGCAGAUGCAAUAUAUUGCACACUCGGGUUACUCAGAGGACUCGGACUACACGUCAGACCUCAACUACCCAGUGGGCCAGCAUGCCAACUGCAGCGCGUCGCAGUUCCGAAAUGCUGCGCAUCAGAUGCACACACCACAGAGAUCAUUGGAGGUAUCUCGGGAGAACUCGUAUGAGAGAGACGAGUACCAUCUACACGGGGACACCGACCCCCUGUACUACAACAGUCAGCCGCGGACGAAUAGGAUUGAAACAUGGUCACAAUUGCACGCGCAAGCGAGUGUGGAGUCAGCGAUAUCCUGGCGGACCGCGGCUGACUGGCAAUCAGGGGGUAAGACUAACCAAUGUUUUUAUAACCUUAUAACUGCCUUGUUGGUCAAGUGGUUAUGAACGCAAGUGUCGAGUGUAAUUCCUCAAGUUUGACUACUGGGCCGAGGCAAUAACUUUAUUUCAGGUAUCACCCAUAAUAAUUACAUCACAAUCACAACUUAUAUUCAAUAAAUGCUUCAUAACUAACGCUAAACUUUAAAGAAAUAAAAUAAA